AUGUCGUUUCCUCAGACCACGCCUUUACGGCCGGUGCCAGGCGCCUUCCUGAACACGCCGGCGGUGGCUUCGCGAUUUCAGUCUGGCUCUGAUCCGGUGCGACGACAGCUUUUCCCGGCUUCUUCCAAUAACCAACCCGGCGGCCAGGUUGGUGGAAAUUUAGCCUCUGGUGGCUUGGGCACAACGGCGACACAGGGAGGUGGUUUGGCUUCAUCCAGAUCCUCAACGGCCUUAACGGCGGUGAAUACUGGUGACGCUGGCUUGGUUGCUGCCAAUCCGUUGCCGACGCCGCGGCUUGAGAAUGUGCCUCCAGUUCUCAAGGCCGCAAAGGCCAUCAAUGCUUUUUUGCAAAUGGAUGAGAGUUUCCCGGACCUGGAUUCUUAUUGCAGGCAGGGCGCUUCUUCCGAUUAUGAGCUUUCGAGGUCUGAUUCAUCUUGGGCCCCUUUCCACAAGACGCACAUGUAUCCGAUUCCGAACCAAGUAUUCGAUCACUACAAUGCGGGAGAGCUUCAAACCUUGAUGGGAUUGUUUGCUGAGAUUAACCACGCCUGGGUUGUUAUCGACAACUCCUUGUACCUAUGGGACUACACUCACGCCGACCCCGAGCUGAUCGGAUUCGAAGAACAACCACAUACCAUCCACGCAGUCGCGUUGGUCCCCCCGAAACCUGGCAUUUUCGUCAAGACGAUCACGCACAUUCUUGUCGUCGCUACGUCAUCGGAGAUGAUUUUGCUGGGUCUUUCAGCUACGGAUACGCCUGCUGGUACCAAGUCUGUCGCAUUGUAUCAAACCAAGAUGAACUUACCUCUGCGUGGUAAUGACGUCCGCGUGAUUUCCGGGUCGGCUGAUGGCCGCAUCUUCUUUGGCGGCAGCAGCGACAUCGAUAUCAACGAGUUAUACUAUCAGUCUGAAGAGAAGUGGUUUUCAAACCGAUGCGGCAGAAUCAAUCACACCAACCCGGGAUGGGCAUCAGUAGUCUCAUUGCAGUCUACUUUCUGGUCUCACAAGGAGCCUGAACACUUGGUUGAUAUUGUUAUCGAUGACUCAAGAAAGCUUGUUUAUACACUAUCAAGCAAGUCGACUAUCCGAACAUAUCACAUGGAUGCUCCUGACCGCUUGAACAAGGUCAUUGAGAAGGAAAAGAUUCACUGUCUGCGUGACAUUGCUCACAUGAUUACACAGUCCAAACUGCUCACCGACAAAUUGAGAAUAGUAUCCAUCAGUCCGAUUACGAAGCAAGAAGCAUCCAAACUUCACCUUAUGGCUCUUACCGACUCCGGCUGCCGACUGUUCUUCAGUGCUACGAAUGCGUCAUCAUAUCUCUACGGAUCACAGUCCAACCUGGCACCCCAAAGCAUGCAGGUACAAUUCAUCAAAUUCCCGCCGAGCCAGGCCUCGAGACGGUCGGGACUGUUUUCUCAGACUGGUCAGCCCGGAGAGUCGGCGGUCGAUCUGGAAUCUACCAUACUCACGGCAAGCCGACAAGGUAUCCGCUUUGCUCCCGGUUUCUUCUUGGACUUUGUGAGCAGCGGAAACAAUGCUAGCAUAGAUACUCUUUUCGUUUCUGGACCGGAGACAGGACGAAUUAAGCGCGUAUCACCUACGGCACCUUUACGAUACUUUGAGCAAGGGAGCUGGAUUAACAUUGGUAGCAGAGCGGAAGCCGUUGGACUUAUCACCAAGCCGUUUGCUGCCGCCGCGCAGCCCCUCGGAUUUGGCAACGAACUAGCGGUGCAAUUCGACGAGCCCCCAAGCGAGUUUGCUGUUCUUACGAAUACCGGAAUUCACGUCAUUCGCCGACGCCGAUUUGUGGACACCUUUGCUGCUGCUAUCCGCGACGCUCCUGGCGAUGAAGUUUUGGAUAGCAUUACCCGCCGGUUGAUUCAAUUAUAUGGCCGGGUUGAGACCAUCUCGACAGCCCUUGCCAUUGCCUGUGGCCAUGGCGGAGAUGGAAGGCCAGGUGCUGCACGUGCCAUCGAUCAGGCGACAGAGGAUAGAGCUCGCGCUCUGUUUGUUGACUUUGGUGGCCAACCUACUAUGGCCGAGACCGAUGGUACAGCACUAACCACCGAAUCUGUCAAGCUCUCCUCUCGACAUGACGCCCUCGCUCUGUAUCUAUCUCGUCUCAUUCGCAAGCUAUGGAAGUCCCCCGUCAUCAGAACCGGGGUUUCACCUACCGGUGGCAUCACAGUCGAUUCUGCGGUUCCUUUGUCUAAGCUUAACAUCACUCAAGAAAAUUUGGAGAGGCUGAGGAGGUUCAUCGAGACCAACCGUGGUCUGAUACAGGGAAUGUCUGGCCCGUCUGAUCUCCAAAGAGUGUCUACAAGGCAAGAAGAGGUUGCGCUGCAGGCUGAACACCAAGCAUUGCAUGCUCUUCAGAAGAUUAUGGAAAGCAUUUCAGAGGGCAUCUCCUUUGUGCUGAUGCUCUUUGAUGAGCGCGUUGCUGAUAUUUUCACCAGACUAGAUGAAGUCUCGCGACAACAACUGAAGGAGCUUAGCUACGAGAAAUUGUUCUCACAGGCCGAUGGGAAGGAUCUCGCCAAGCUCCUGGUCAAGGCAAUUGUGAACAGAAAUAUCGAGAGCGGCUCUAACGUUGAGACUGUGGCUGACGCGCUACGAAGACGGUGCGGCAGCUUCUGCAGCCCUGACGACGUCGUCAUCUUCAAGGCCCAGGAGCAGCUCAAGCGAGCCUCAGAGCAGCCUCUGAAUACGAACCAAUUUAGAAAUCUUUUACACGAAAGUUUAAAGCUUUUCGAAAAGGUUGCUGGAAGUCUGACCUUUGCCAACUUGCAAGCUGCGGUUACACAGUAUGUUGAGAUGAAAUAUUACGCUGGGGGUAUUCAACUAUGUCUUGUUGUUGCUCGCGAGAAGGAUCGUGGCAAUACGGCCCUUGUUUGGGUCAAUGACGGCAAGCCAUCCGGCGACCCUCGAGCAAACGCGUUCAAUGACCGAAAGCGAUGCUACGAUAUGAUUCACGACGUGCUUCGCCAUUUGGAUGCUGCGUCGAGCACUGAGCCAGAAAUGGUUGACGGCAAGCUCACUUUGAUUGCCACCAAGAGACUGGAGGCCUAUGAUGUGGUGAACGGGUCAGAUGAUGAAGUCUUCCACUUUGAUCUAUACGAGUGGUACAUUCAACAAGGGUGGACUGACCGUAUCUUGGCCAUUGACUCUCCUCACGUCAUCACCUUUUUGGAGCGCCUGGCGGGUACCAAUGUCGAGCAUGCCGAUCUCCUCUGCCGCUUCUACACGAACCGCAGUCGUUUCUUCGAUGCCGCAGAAGUUCAAGCACAGCUGGCCAACUCUGAUUUCCCAAUUGGCAUCAAGGACCGCAUCAAAUUGCUGUCUCUUGCCAAGGCUAAUGCCAACGUUGCGACGGUUGGCGUCAGCCGGCAGCAGCAGCAGCAGGUCAACCACGAAGUUACCGACCUCCUAGACGUAGCAAACAUUCAAGAUGACCUACUGCAGCGGCUCAAGGCGGAUGAUAGAAUUGACCCCGAGCGAAAGGCCGAGAUUGAACUCGCCCUAGACGGUAAGAUUCAGGGGCUCUCAGAGUUGUUCAAUGACUAUGCGGAUCAAGCAGGCUAUUACGAUUUAUGCUUGUUAAUCUAUCACACAGCCAACUAUCGUAAUCCCACCACCAUUGCUGGAACGUGGAGCAAUCUGAUCCAGCAGACACACGACGAAGUCAUGGCGAGGCAAGAGAACCCCGAGCCAGGCAUGCCGACGCCCCCCUUACCGUACGAAGCAGUCACCAGCAAGAUCCAGAAUAUUGCCCACCACACCUCCCUCGACAGCUUUGUGUUCCCCAUCCAAACCCUUAUUCCCGAGCUGUGUCGUUAUGCAGUGGCCUACCAGCAGGACGCCACCAUUGGGGCCGACCCUACUUGGCCCGUGCAAUUAUUCCUCACCCUCGGCGUAUCGCACGAUAUGAUUGUGCGAGUCCUCGAGAACAUAUUCGACACCCAGGACUACGGAUUCAGCGGCAUGGCUCGCAACCGCAUUAUCGAAAUCAUAGCGUACGUGGUCAACGAUUGGGUGGCGGACGUCCGUCGACGAGGCGGUGCCGGUAAGGGUGGUUCUAUUGGACCCUCCGUGGCCGACCUUGUCAGCCGAUGCGAAUCUGCUCUCCCUCCGCCAGGACAGGGCAACAACAACGGAGGCAUGGACUUGGCAGACAUUAGAAGGGUACUGAGGGCGUUGAGGAGAGAAAUUUCAGGAUUGAUUGAGAGAGUCCCCACGGGGAGCUUGAGGUUUAUGUGA